UGUUGGGUUGCUACAUGCUACAUGCUAACUAGCGAGCAAGCUGUUUCCUGCCCUGUGACUGGACACAGCUAUGGACAUCGACGCGUUACUGGAGGCGUUUCAAGAUUUUGAGAAGACAGGCAAGAAAGAGACCUGUCCUGAACUAGAGCAAUUCUUGUGUCAUGUUGCCAAGACAGGCCUGCCAAUACUUGCAUUUCCAAUAUCUUCCAGGAUCUCGUGGUCACAGUUGAAGACAUACUUUGUGUUUAAGUUGGAAAAAGUCAUGGAUGAUUUCCACGCUUCAACACCAGAACAGAGAGCGACACAUAAUCCCAAUGUGGAGUAUGUUCCCUUCGAGGAGAUGAAGACGAGGAUCUUAAAAAUAGUGGAUGGUUACGAUGGAAUCCCAUUCACCAUCCAGCGUCUAUGUGAACUCCUCACGGACCCCAAGCGCAACUACACAGGAACAGAUAAGUUUCUCAUGGGUUUAGAGAAGAAUGUAAUGGUGGUCAGCUGUGUGUACCCCACGUCAGAGAAAAAUGGGGCAUCCAGUGUAAACAGAAUGAAUGGAGUGAUGUUUCCUGGUAACUCUUCUCUAUAUUCAGACAGCCGAAAUGCAAAUGGACCCGACACACCAAAACCGCUCAACAGACCGAAGUUGUCAUUGUCAGCUUCGCUUUCCACCAACGGGCUCCCUGACUGCGCAGUCCGUAAAGAUCCAGAGCCAAUCACAGAGGAGGUGGAGGAGCACCAUAUCGGUGAUUCCUCGCCAGCAGAGGGUGAAAUUACUCCAAACAGCGGGAUAAAGAACAAACACCCUGCAGAGGAAGAGGAGGAUUCUGAGACUGGCAAGCACGAGGUCAAGAGGCUCAAGUUUGACGAGAAAGAAGAGGAUGACACAGGAAGUGAAGAAAAUGAGUCGUCUUGUAGUAAAGGGUCAGAGAGCUCGCCAGAGACGCCGCGGUCUUCAGAAGACUCUUGUGGUCAAGAGUACAAAGGCGGAGCCACUGGUGACGCACGUUCUGCUGCAGAGGAUCAUGAGCUUAGUCGCACACAGACGGAACCAUCUGAAAGGGAUGAGGACUUGUCUGAGCGGGGGGAUGUCCAGAGUCUGGAGAAGGACAGCACUGUGGAUCAAGCUGAGCAGCCUGCUCCAUCAGAGAAGAGUACAAGCGUUGAGCAGGAGAACGGGGAGAGCAGCAGCAGCAGCAGCAGCAGCAGCAGCAGCAGCAGCAGCAGCAGUGACGGAGAAGGCCUACCCAGCGACAAGCAGAUCCCCUCUACUGGUAGUUCACAUGACUUGUCAACAGAGGGCGACGCUGACACUUCAAACAGCACAAAGACUGCGCUAGAGCCUGGGGAACAUGACUAUCUUGAAGCCCAGUCUGCAAACUGAUUUUAGUUUUUUACACUGUAUGAUACCAUAUUGAGGGUAGAUCUGUAGCACUGUGGACCUCUGGACUUCAGGACCAGGAGCGAUGUGAACCUUGAGAUUCCUCACAGGAGGAUCUUUUGUCCUCUUCAAUUUCAACUCAACUCCACACAUCACCUGGUCUAAACUGGAAGGAAAAGAUUCAAAGAUUAUGGAGACUCAGCUUUUUACACUGUUUUUCUAAACAUUUUUCUAACCUUUUUUUUUCCAGAUUUUUAUAUGAACGUUAUAAUUUAACCUUGAUAACUUGAUAACUGAUGUAUUCAGUAAUUUCCUUAUUCUUAAGUCAUUUGGCAUGCAUUUCCCAAAAGAUACACUUGACAGUUUGAGUUGUUUUGACCCAAGCGUAGUUGCUUUUACCAUUUUCUGAUGAUUGUGCUUCUCUCCUGUUGAAUGAGGACACAUUCCAAUAAGAAUGUGAAGACACUUCUGUUGGACAUAGCUUAUAAUGUAUUUCUUAUAAACAUACUGCACUUGUUUGCAUUUAACCCUUUGAAGGAUGUGGAAUAUGUCCACGUUUUGCUUUGUCACUGUAUGAAGCCAAUAUUAACACACAUUAUUGCCAGUAGUAACCAGUUUGGUUGAAUUGAAUAUUAGUUUGGCUCACUGGAAGCCAUUUCUGCAUCAAAAUCUGUCAAAAGAACACAAGGUACUUUUACACUUUCUGUAUGUCAUACCUUAGUUGUACAAAUGUCCCUUUUUGAUAGCUUGAAUUUUUACAGUACGCAUCUGUAAAUCGGUUUUUGUAGACUUGUAAUACUUGUCCACUGCCUUCAUAGAACUGAUAAUAGCUGGAAACUGAAUGCUUGAGCUUGUAUCCUAGUAUUCAUGGAAAGCAAUAAAUGCUGAAAAUGUAAAGUG